AUGAAUUCUGAUUCGAGCUCUGUCUCCAGCAGAGCUUCGUCUCCGGACAUGGAUGAGAUGUACCUGCGGGACCACCACCACCGCCACCACCACCACCAGGAGAGCCGUCUCAACUCGGUCUCGUCCACGCAGGGCGAUCUGGUGCAGAAAAUGCCAGGGGAGAGCCUGUCGCGGGCCGGCGCCAAGGCCGCGGGAGAGAGCAGCAAGUACAAAAUCAAGAAGCAGCUGUCGGAGCAGGACCUACAGCAGUUGCGGCUGAAGAUCAACGGUCGCGAGCGCAAGCGGAUGCACGACCUGAACCUAGCCAUGGACGGGCUGCGCGAGGUCAUGCCCUAUGCGCACGGGCCCUCGGUGCGCAAGCUCUCCAAGAUUGCCACGCUCCUGCUGGCCAGAAACUACAUCCUCAUGCUCACCAGCUCCCUGGAGGAGAUGAAGAGGCUGGUGGGCGAGAUCUACGGCGGCCACCACUCGGCCUUCCACUGCGGGACCGUGGGCCACUCGGCUGGCCACCCGGCGCACGCAGCCAACGCCGUGCACCCGGUGCACCCCAUCCUGGGCGGCGCGCUCUCUUCCGGCAACGCCUCGUCCCCGCUGUCCGCCGCCUCGCUGCCCGCCAUCAGCACCAUUCGGCCUCCCCACUCCCUGCUCAAGGCGCCCUCCACGCCGCCCGCGCUGCAGCUGGGCAGCGGCUUCCAGCACUGGGCCGGGCUGCCCUGCCCCUGCACCAUCUGCCAGAUGCCGCCGCCGCCGCACCUGUCCGCCUUGUCCACCGCCAACAUGGCCCGGCUGUCCGCCGAGUCCAAGGACUUGCUCAAGUGA